AUUUUUUCCAGAACCUCUGAUAAUAUUGUCAUCAAGCUUUAUCUCGAACUGUUAAACUAAAGAUUAAUGAGCAGAGAUAAGUUGCUUUUAUAGCUUUCAGUAUAAAAUGAACUGCUUAUUUGAGAAUAACUUUAGUCUGGAUGACAUUAAACAAGUCAAAGCAUCAAUAAUGAAGUUCUUAAUUUUCUUGACAAUUUUUAUUGCUGUUCUGUAUGCUGUUGCUGCUACAGAGAUUGACAAGAACCAAGCAUCAUCAUUGGACUCUGUUGAUUUAGAUCCUAGCAGUGUUAAUCAUCAAAAUGGCGAUUUUAAUCGUGCAAAACGAUAUGCUAGAGGGGGAAGUGGUGGUGGUGGAGGGGGAGGACGUGGAUAGGUUAAAAUAAAAUUUUGGAGCCUCAAAUAAAUGUUUUCGGACCAAAUAAAAUGUUUUAUGAAUUUAGUAAUGCCUUCUUUAAAAGAUCAUGUAUUAGCAACUCAUUUAUACCCAAUAAAAGCUUAUCAGAAACACAAUAAAUUUAAAUAAAUAAUCAAUUUAAUUAAAUCAUAUAAAUAAAUAUUAAUGGAAAGUCAUAACAAUGUGCACUUAGCAGUUAUGGAUAAAAUAGAUCAAAUUACGUAUGUUUAUUAUUAAUAAAGAAAAAGUAUUGGAUUAUGUGGAAUGAAAAUGUAUACAGCCACACACUCAAUGACAUAUUAAACCCUAUUUCUUCAGAGUCACAAUUGUUGGGAGGAAUGAAAGGCAAUGGGACAAUAAGUAUUGGAUAACAAUUAGUUUUAUAGCCAUUCUCUCAUUUGAAGUUAUGCUAGAUGGAGAUUAAAGUUGUUUAGCUAUUCUUCAGCUUGGAAUUUAAAGCUGUUAUCAUUUUUAAUGUCUCAUUUCUAUUUAUUGACAG